GCAAUACCAUGUUAAUAGAUAAACGUAAUUUUUUAAAGAAAAAAAAUGUUUAUGGGGAUGAUAGCCAGGGUAAGAAAAAGACAACUUCAGAUUACCAUCAGACCAAUGCUCUUUGCUCGCGCAUUUUUAUAGCUAAAGGAAUCAAUACAUUGAUUACUUGUGGAAAGGCAAAUAACUUGACUUUGGUAAGUGAUACUGCUGUUCUUCUGAGGUCUUCGUGUGGUCACUAUCGUAGUUCCUCUGAUUAUGUCUGUCUCUGGUCAUAUUUUACUGGUCAUUUUCCAUAUUUGAAGAGGUCCAUCAUGGUCAGAUUCGACGUUAUUUAAUUUUUUUUAUAAAUAAAACUUUGUUUUUCCCAAU